AAGAACUACAGGAGAAUCCCUCUUACCAGUCUGCAGCAGUGUCGGCACUACACCGCAGGAGAGGGCAGUAGUGCUUCCAAAGUGGUUGUUGCUGGCUUGUUGACAGUAAGUGGUGGCAUUGGAGGGACCGUACUCUAUGCCAAAUGGGACCAGAAGUUCAGAGCAGCGGUUGAGAAGAACGUCCCGUACUCAGACUGGCUGCUGGGUUUGGCUUUGGGACCCGCUGCCCAAGAUCCUGGCCUCCCCAUAAAGAAACGGGUGGAGUUGGCGCAGCCGCCCUCUAUGAUAGAAAAACAAGUGAAGAAGUCGGCGAAGAAGGAGGGCGCCGAGGGUCCAGUCAAAGACUCCAGCCCCGCCCCCAGUCAGCCUGCACAGAGCCUAGAGGGUAAGUGUGGCACCCACUGUCAUCAUAACUCAUGGCUUCAUGUUGCCAUCUUUUAUCACGUGCUCUGAUACAGCGUGGUUUUAUCAGCUUUAUUUCUGUUUCCGUUUAGUUCUUUCACAGUAGUCGGGUGGAGCGCCCACAGUUUCAUUGCAUCGGUGCAGUGACAGGAAGGGGCUGUUGUA